UUAUGUGAGCACGCCGUGCGCACAUGUAGGUCAAUGCUGUCACGCUUGGAUGGGAGAGGAGAGAGCAAAAGUUGGCACCUUGACAGCCUUCAAGAUUGUAACUCGGCGGGAAGGUGGCCUCUGAAUGGCACGGCCAAACAACUGAAGGGACGAGUAAUACACAACUUGAUGCUUCAUGCUUUACCCCAGAUCCCCUCCGUCAGAAAAAAGAUCCGGUCUAUUGUGGGUUUGGCAAAUAAUGGCACGAACCGAGCUUCCAUAGAAAGCCAACCAGGCGUGCUGGAAUAGCAGGAAGCCCAGGCAAGCAACAAGGCAGCAUCUCAAAUGGGCUGUUUCAUCAUGCUUGAAUGAUUAUGAAAAGUUGGCUGCCUGGAGCCUGGCUUCCUAUCCCUGCAAACACUUCACCAUUAAAGCAGAUGGUAUGGUCUGCAGCCCAGGGAGCUGGGGAGGAGUAGGUUACUGUGGACAUAGCCAGACUACAGCAGGAUCCCUGUCAACUAGCAGCACCGACGACGGACGGCACUGUUUUCACGUCCCUGUGACUCGCUAUGACAGCGGAAGUCCUUCAGUCCCCGCUGGAACGAGAAGUGAUAGACGCAAGCCGUAAAGAGGAGGUGGAUGGACUCGCUGCAGUUGUCCAAGGAGCAAAGACCUCUCCGGAUGAACCCACGGUUGCCACGGAGACAGAUAUGGUGGUGAUUCGCGAGGAGGUGUUCUCAUUGAAACAGAUGUCAACUGUGCUGUCAGCAAACGGGGUCAGUGCCAGUCACGCUAGUACUAAACUGGAGCCACCUGCCUGGUCAGAUGAGGACGCAGCCACUCAGCCGGGGCAAGGCCAGAUAAUUCCCAAUAACCAGUCCCCUCAUCGGGAGCCAGGCAGUGGGGUCUCCGAGGAAACCAAUGACAAAUGCGCACAAGAUACAAAAGCAGCAGAAGACAGCGUAGAAUCAUGCAGAAACAGUUUGUUGGCUUAUGGAAGUUCCAGUCCUUCAGUAUCGCCCAAUAACUUGACCAGUGGCCAGAGCAGCCCAUUUGGCUUUUCCCAGCCCAGUGCUACAUUAGAGCCUGGAAGCGGCAACGCAAGUGUGUCGCAAUGUGAGGGCAACGUGAAUGUGAUGAGUGCAUCGACUGUCGCCGGGCUGAUGUCAGCUGCUGCGACAGGUGCGGCAAAGAUUGCCGGUGAUGUGACAUUCCAGGUAAACUCUUCCAUGGUCAUGGCUCAGUCUUAUUUACAGUAUCUGUCACAGAAGAGUCUUCAUGAAGGUGGGAAUGUCUGUAACCCUGACAAGCAGUCACCUGGUCAGGUGGGUGAGGAGAAGGCUCCUGACCCUCAGGAACCUCUGGACCAUGUGGUUAGGGGAUCAGAUGUAUCAUUGGAUGGCGUCUCGGACGAUAGCAAUGGGUAUGAAGACCCCAUUUUCUCUGACCCUGAUGAAUUAGAGGAAUACCUGAGGAAAAAAGCUGAGGGCAGAUUACAACAUUCAGACAUGUGCACACUGGGAGGGAGGAACGUGAACCAGUAUGGACGGGAGUUUACAAACGGCCGCCCCCUCCCCGAUCACCUGAGGGUGCAGAUCUUACAGUUAGCUCUCCAGGGCAUACGACCGUGCGAGAUCAGUCGUCAGUUACAGGUGUCACACGGAUGUGUCAGUAAAAUUCUGAACAGGUAUCGUAAAACAGGCAGUAUUAACCCGGGGCAGAUUGGAGGAAGUAAACCCAAGGUCACCACUCCAGAUGUUGUUAACAGAGUACGGAGGUACAAGGCCGAGAACCCACAGAUGUUUGCUUGGGAGAUUCGACAGAAAUUGCUAGGUGAUGGCAUCUGUAGUGAGAAAAAUAUCCCCAGUAUCAGUUCAAUCAACCGUAUCAUCCGUGAUAAAGCACUGCAGCAGAGACGGCUUGAUUUUGGUCAGGGCAGUGAACAAGAAGAUGGAGACUCGGAUGGGGACUCAUCACUGAUGUCACAGAUGAUCGACCAGUAUCAGGUGGAAUACGCACAGUACCGUGCUAAGGCCGACCAGCAAGCCGUCAGGAGAACCAGCACCCCCCAGGCACCCCAGGGGCUUCAUCCUGCCUUCAAUAUCCCCAACAGGACCAGUCUCUUUGCUGUGCAGAGUCCUAUUCAUCUAGACAAUGGUCCCGAGAGCUCUGGUUCAACUGUAAAACGUGUAAAGUCCAAAGAGUUGUCAUUGUCUCCUUCAGACGAUGCUUUGUUACCCAAGACUCCUGAGUUGGCUCACCUGAGAGGUGUGGCUGCUCAUCAGGAGAGUCAGUCUGACGACGUGCCCGUCUCACCAAAGAGGGCACCCAGAGCAGAUGGAGCCAAAGAAGUGCCAGAGACAUCCAAAGGUGAAGAGGGCCAGAUCCUCUUCAAACAAGACCUAAGCCCAAGUCGGAAGAGCUCUGAAAUUGUGCGAGCGAGUCUGGCUGCGAAAGUAUCCCAGCUGAUGGCCCUGAGGGCGGAAGAGGAGAGAGCCAGCCUCUCUAAAGGAGAGGGAAUCCAAAACAGCAACACCCAGCUUCCGGUGACCAAGGUGGAGCCUCUGUCACCAAGAGAGCAGGAAGGCCAAUUAAACAGCCAGCGGGGCUUGGCGUCCAGUUGGCCCCAGAGCUCUUGUUCCAGUCCCUCAGUAACCUCUUCUUCACCUGCGUCCCCCAUGGCAGGGUCUAUUUCUGCUCGGAGCCUGUCUGAUGGCCAUCCAGCCGUCCCAUCGGCAACACAUCGACAGCGGUCCACUGGUAUCCAGGACAAAGGCAGCAUUGCCUCAAGAAGCCUUAUUGCACAAAAACUUGCUACGUCAGUUCACCGCCUGCCUGGUGCUUCCAGCGGCAAGCCAAGUCCCAUUUUACCUGCGGCUUCGGAAAAGCUGGGGACGGUUUUUUACGACUAUAGCCUUCCAGACCGAGGCCUUGGAGCAAUGACUGCAGCAGCGGCGCGGUUACCAGCAGCUUCUGUCCCCGUCAUGGGCUAUUUCCGAGGGUGGCCCAACUUCCCUGCCUCUUGUGCCCUGGAUUCCCCUCCAAUCAGCUCUCAUGGUGCUCCUUUAGACCUGUCCAAUCAUAAAACAGAAGCCUUUCUUCGAUCUGGCCUCAAAGAUGGCAAGAGUGAGAAACAUACAGACAUUUUAAUGAAACGAUCUUCUCAAAGAAGUAGAGUUAAAAGAGAAAAAACAAGUUCUAAAACAGAAAGACUGGAAACUUCUACGAAGUUUGCUGUGAAAGCUGAUUUAGCCUCACCAGUAAAGGAUACAGCUGGAGGAGAUACAACUGCUGCACGGGAAAAUCUGAACAGAGAAAUGGUGGUCCCAACUAGUCCUGGUCAAAUACCUGUGGUUAACAGCCAGCCAGAUACCCCUGAAGCCAAAACGAGUCACACAAGCGAGAACGUCCAAAUCGAAGCUGCCCAGAAACCUUUGUAUGAAAAGCAUAUGCUACUGGUUGGUGAAAAACAAGUUGAGAUCAUUUCUGUCGGCAAACAUGUGUGGAUUGUCAGGAAUGAAGCAGAACUGGUGGAUAUCAUUGCUAGUGGAAACUUUGGAGUCAAGGAUAGGAGUGCUGUGCCGGCAGAUACUGAAAAGGAACCUCCGCAAAAGGAAGAAAACUCAGACGUUAGUAAGGAAAAUUUUGUCUGUGUGAAACAGGAAUGUAGAGAUAAAGAAGUGGUUUCGUUGACCACUGAUGAUAAUGCCAAAGAUUCGAGCGCCCACAAGGACUCCAUGGUGGGACCGAGUCUGACAGAGAUAACCAAUCAGUCUGUCGGAAAUCAUGUAUAUUCUCCGAGCGAGGAUUUGUCCAGUAAGAUCUCACCAGCAUCUGAUACGCCGGAAGGUCAUGCCCAGAAGAGACGUUCAGAAGGAGGCACGGAAGCAGAGCUCUCCCAUUCAGAUGCGAAACAGUCACGCCUUAUCGACAGCCUCAGCCCUCAGCCAUCUUCUUCCACAGAAAAUAGUGCUAUGCCUUCUUCAUGUGCUACCGUGACCAACGGGGACUGUGGCGGGACUGAGUUGGUAAAAGAGAAAGUCUACAGUUGUGAAAGUGAUGCAGACAGUUGCUGUGAAGGUGUGGAGAAAGAGGGGAAACAAAAGGGAAAGAACUGUCCUGUUCUCCAACAAAUGCUUCAGAAAAGUGCAUAAUCUGACCGCUGCUGCAGCAGGAGAUAACAAUAUCUCGUCUUCUUUCAUCUGCAAACUGCAGGAGAACAUUUCCUCUCCAGUCUUCUGCUACUGAAGAUGACUGGAAUCUGUUCUGUUUGGUCUACUUCAAAACAUAGGGGAAGAUGGUGUUUUGUGUGCUGAGCAACUCAAGAAUCUGUUCUGUUUUGAAGAUUGAAGUAUGUUCUCUUCUGUUUUCUGCCACGAAAUGAUUUGCCAAGAGGAAGAUUUUACGUCUCGAACCCCCCUGUUACUUUCCGUCUGUCCUCUCCUGUCUUCUGUUGCUUGUGAAGCUUUCAGUCAAAGGUUAUCAGUCUUCUGUUGAUGAUGAAACAAAAAUGGAGCAGAAAAAUUUGAAGUAACACACUGAGUACCGAAUUCUAAAAGCACUCCCUCCUUCCCCCACUUCAUAAUUUGGACCUCCCUGUAACAGUCAAAGAUGAGAAUAUAUGUACUAUAUGCUGUAGUGGCGCAGUUUGUGUCUGUACUGAGUAAGGGGUACAAAGUUCAGAAAUUGUACUUUCUUGUUUUUGCGUUCUUAAACAUGCUGCUGAUAAAACAACCUACAUUUAUGAUACGGCUUGAAAUGUGUUGGGACUGUGUAGGAGUGUACUUCAGAUAAUGUACUGACGUGUACUAUUGGUGAUGGAGAAAGUACACUCAGUACAUGAGCGUACUAUAGGGAAAGAGAUUGAGUGAGGGAUUGAAGUAUAUUUUAAUGGAGCAGGAAAGUACCAGAGGUUAAUUGUAUUAAAGGCAGUGGAAAGAGAAUACAUGUAUUCUAGGUGAUGUAAGAAGUACAUGUACACUUACACUUAAGGGAAUUGUACACUUACACUUAAGGGAAUUGUACACUUACACUUAAGGGAAUUGGUUGGAGUGUGCUUUUAAGUGUAGGAGAUUGGUAAAGUUUCCCCCCUGAGCAGAGAGGUUUUUACAUUGUACAUGUAUAGUGACUCAUUUGUCGUUUCUUGAAGCAAAACUGACUUUGAAAACAGAACGAUUUGUGAUUUGGACACAUUCUGUUAUUUGCUGAGUAAUAGUUGUUGGAAUUGGCUUGAAAGUGAUCAAACUUUUAAACUAUUAUUUGAAUGUUUCAUUUUUGUGUCCUUGGUUUUGUGACCCAUGAACCAUGUUUGUUGGUUCUUCAGUGCACAGUUCAGAAAAGUAAAGACUUGCAUACUGGAGGUAGUUAUACCUACAAUGUAUUUCAUUUUGGAUGGAUAGUUAAUAUUAUUAAUCCUAAAGAUGUUUAGCGAUGUGUCAGUCCUGUGAUGCAUAAAGAUGAACCAAGAUAUGUUUUAUUUUUGCAAUUCCAACAGUUUGUGGCCCAAAUUUAAUAUUGCAUUCUACCUUUUACAUUUAGGAUGUAGAAGUAUACAUACGAUUUUAGACACACACAUAUAUGCGUAUAUUUAGGUACGGAUAUGUCGCUGGAUUUAUCCAAUGAUUUACACACAUUAUAGUGCUUCUUUGUCAUUUGUCACCUUUGUCAUUGUAUUUAUUUUUUCGUGGGAGAAAGGUUCUGCUUUGGUAAAGACUAGUUCUCUUGGUGCUAUCUCCUGCCAGUGCUAUAUUUAACCAGGUUGGGAAAUUUAUUACCUUAUGAUACCAUUUUUGAAGAAGAAAAAAAAAUCACCCUGUUUGUUUUAUUGUAUUCGUUUUGGUUGUGAAUGAUAAAGAUGAUGAUUUUUUUUUGUGUUUUGAUUUGUUUUUGGGGUUCAGUUUACAAUGUACACUGAACAUUACAUUGCCAUUGUUAAAUUGCCUUCAUUUAAUGUGCUUUGAAAACCACAGUCCCAGUGCUCUAUAUGUACUUAAAACACUUCCCAGGUUGUGACACGAUAGUUUUUUUUUUUGUUUUUAUUUUUUGUUCAAGUAACCCUUUAUGUUGCUUUCAGAAAAGGCUUUUCUAACCACUGAAACAUUGAACUAGCGGAUAUUUAUGAUUUCCAGUCAAAAUAUUUCAUUGGUAAGAGGGUAAUUAGAAAUCCACAAACAAAUACAUGUAGUUAUUCAUAAAGGCAAGGGUGAAAAUCUUUCAAAUUUCAUACAUUCAUAUGUGCUUGUACAUGUACAGCUUUGUACUCUUUAAUUUAUGGACUCUUGCAGACAUUUAGAAUUGUUUAGAUGUAAUCCUGUAUUUAUUUAUUUAUGUUUAUGUUUGAAGUCCAGUUUAAUAAUAAUUCUGGCUGGUGCUGAAAAGUAACAUCCAUUCGGACUGCUUACAUGUUUCCUGUAUCGUACUGAUGGUUUAAGUUUCUUAGAUUUACAAGAAAUCCAAUCAUAAAGAGAAAUUAUGUGUUUAGGGCUUGUGCAAGAGAAAAUUGUCAUCUGGGAAUGCAAAAGAUUUGUUACCUGAAUGGAAUUGUAAAGAGAAGUUAUGUGUUUGGGGCUUGUGCAAGAGGAGAUUGUCAUCUGGGAGUGCAAAAGAUUUGUUACCUGAAUGGAAUUGUAAAGAGAAGUUAUGUGUUUGGGGCUUGUGCAAGAGGAGAUUGUCAUCUGGGAGUGCAAAAGAUUUGUUACCUGAAUGGAAUUGUAAAGAGAAGUUAUGUGUUUAGGGCUUGUGCAAGAGGAGAUUGUCAUCUGGGAAUGCAAAAGAUUUGUUACCUGAAUGGAAUUGUAAAGAGAAGUUAUGUGUUUGGGGCUUGUGCAAGAGGAGAUUGUCAUCUGGGAAUGCAAAGGAUUUGUUACCUGAAUGGAAUUGUAAAGAGAAGUUAUGUGUUUAGGUCUUGUGCAAGAGAAGAUUGCCAUCUGGGAAUGCAAAGGAUUUGUACUGUGAAAGUAAAUUGGAACAGGAAAUUGUGUCUAUGGAAGGUGUAAUAGGAAAGUGGAUUUGUGGAAUGUAUGACAGGAAAGGGGAUGUAUGGAAUGUGUGAGAGGAAAGUGAGUUGAUAAAAAGUGUGACAGGAAGGUUAGUUAAUGAAUGUGUGAGAGAAAACUGAGUUUAUGGAAUGUGUGACAGGAAAGUAGAUUUAUGGAAUGUGUGAUGGGAAAGUGAAUUAUGGAAUGUGUGACAGGAAGGUUAGUUAAUGAAUGUGUGAGAGAAAACUGAGUUUAUGGAAUGUGUGACAGGAAGGUUAGUUAAUGAAUGUGUGAGAGAAAACUGAGUUUAUGGAAUGUGUGACAGGAAGGUUAGUUAAUAAAUGUGUGAGAGAAAACUGAAUUUAUGGAAUGUAGGACAGGAAAGUAGAUUUAUGGAAUGUUUGACAAGAAAGUGAAUUAUGGAAUGUGUGACAGGAAGGUUAGUUAAUAAAUGUGUGAGAGAAAACUGAAUUUAUGGAAUGUAGGACAGGAAAGUAGAUUUAUGGAAUGUGUGACAGGAAGGUUAGUUAAUGAAUGUGUGACAGGAAGGUUAGUUAAUAAAUGUGUGAGAGAAAACUGAAUUUAUGGAAUGUGUGACAGGAAAGUGGAUUUGUGGAAUGUGUGACAGGAUGGUGAGUUUAUGGGAUGUGUGAUGGUAGAGUGAGUUAAGUGUGUGGGUGACAGGGGGGUGAGUUCAGGUCCGGGUGUGUAUAUUAUGUGUGGCAGAAAAUGUGGUGAGUGACAUAUUUGGUCUUGUUACUGUAUUUAAUGUCAUUACAUUUAGGUUAUGAAAAAUUCUGUCUUCAUUUCAAAAUUCUCCUUUGAUUUGAUAAUGAAAUAUCAAAACCCUUCUUAACUAAUUCUGCAUAAUAUUUGAAAUCAUGAUAAUUAGAAUUUCGUUAUGUGCAUAUCUCUGUGUUCUGUUACUAGAGUGUUUUUUUUUUCUUUUUUUUUUUUCGAGAAUCCUUCCAGUGUAUUGGAAUUCAUUAAAGUGGCUUCAGUUGCAGUGGAGUAAAAGAAACCAGAUUUUCCUACAAACGUUAAAUUUUCUGCUUUUUUAAAAAAAAUUCUUUCGUUUGAGUAAUGCAGCCACGAUGUGGUACCUUCAAGAAAUAUUCAUUUCUUUUGUUUUAAGGUUCUUUUAGUGCAUUUUGUUCAUGCGAUUGAAUGAAAACCAUAUGUGUGUAUGAAUGGUAGUGUACAGGAAUUCAGAUAUUGAUUUAUUGCCAAUAUAAGCUGAUUGGUAUUGUCAUUGUAAGCUGAUUACUGUUGCCAUUAUACGCUGAUUGCCGUUGCCAUUAUACGCUGAUUACCGUUGCCAUUGUACACUGAGUACCAAGUGGUCCCUAUUACACCAUACAUAGUCCAACACCAACAGGAACUUCAUCGUUAUGCACUGUUCUUUAGGAGCCAUUAAGUUAAGUGUCUGUAUUGUUUCUGUUUUUUUUUUAAAUUAAUAUCCUGAAAUACCAUCUUACAAAGAUUUUAGUCGCUAUAAUGUGUUUUUAAUAAGUAAAAAAGUAAUGUGUUCUUAAUAAGUACUUAAUGUGUUUUUGUAAGCAUUUAAACUGACUCUAAAUUACUCUUUUUCCGGUAUACCGUCGAAAAUGAUGGUUCGGUGAAGGAGUACAUUUGCCAUUUACAUGUACUGUAUUUACCUUACCUUGUUUAUACAUGUCAAUCUGCCUGUAUGUGGCUGCAACAGUUUUAGUCACAUGGAUAAUUUGAACAGGAAGUACUCUUUACCGUUCUUAGCUCUAUGGUGGGAAGUUUGUGAAAGAGAAUUUCGUGUGUGGUUGUAUGCAGAACAACUGCAAAAAUGUUGUUUGAACAGUUCAGGACUGGACAACUUUUUGAGUUUGUUUUAAAACCGUGAGUGUUAGUAUAAAUAUAUACAUAUAUAUGAAGUUGUCAUUCAGAACGAGAAAUUCAUGUUUAAUGAAAACUACAGUGCCAUAUUAUUCAUGUAUUCAUUAUUGUCCAUGCCGAAAUGUGGGCAAGUUUUUUGUUAGAUAUGUCAUUACAUAUGGUUUAUUAUUCCUACACUAUCAUCGUUAUAUACAUUAUUUAUACUUGUUGAGGAGAAUUAAGCUGCACCUGUACAGAAUUACUUGUUAAUUGAUGCUAAAAUGCCAAUCAAAGAAAUGUAUUGAUGAUCAUCGUAAUGAGUUUGUGUGUUGUCGACCUUUUAAAGUUAGUGCGACUGUCCUCCAAGCCCUACUCGAAGAGGACAGAAUUUUUAAGGUCUUACGAUUGUGAAUCCCCUCCUAUCGUAAGAGGUGAUUUUUGCACAUUUUGUUUCUUGGCACAUUUACUUUCAGGUUGUAUUUAUUUCUGUGCUUCAUGUCGCAGUUUUCUUCAGAUCAUUUACCAUUUGUUUAGUAAUUUAGACAAAUUCAGAUGAAGUAUUCUGCUUUGCGCUUACUUAUUUCAGUUAGCAACACUUGUGUUUCCACCGCCAUGUUGUUUGUAUUCAGUGCUGUACAUGGUAUGGCUUUGUGGUAAUGGUUUGAAGUAACACAUUCACCUGUUAUUUUUGUCUGGGUAAGUAGCCAAGAGCACUUCAGAAAGUAAAGAUAUGGUUUGUACGUAAAUGUAUAUAGAAAUAUGAACUACGUCACCGUUUUUUUUUCUCUGACGCCAUUCUAAGUUGAUAAAGACAUCAGCAUUCUGUUUUGUAUAGUAUUUGUUUGUGUGUUCAAAUAUUUCGUGAUGGUACGUAUAUACACUAUGUAUUUUGUUGUAGCGCAACAUUUUAGAAAGUGGUUAAUCUUCUUUUAAUUGCUAAUCAGACAUGUCCCGCUCUCGUUGUUUUUAACCCCCCGAGAAAAUACCAAAGUUUUAUGAUUGCUUUAUUGGAUCAGCACCGUAUAUAUUUACGAAUGCUGGUUUCUUGUGUGAGAUGGUCCCAGAUUUUAUACUAUUACAUGUUUUAGCUUUAAGAAUUUAAACAAAAAAGUCCCUUGAAUAAGAAUGGUAUAUUUUUAUGCUGUAUUGUGUGUUUUUAUGUCCAAGGAGUUUAGCUGUUCUAUAUAGAUGUUCGCUGCCAAGGAAAGACAACUGCGACCGAAUCAAGUGCU